CGACAUAGAAACAAUCAGCAAUUGGAGCAGCAGCAGCAGCAGCCAUAUCAACAACAACAACAACGAUUACAUUACUAUAUGCCACAAACGGAGCGGUGCACCUCGCCACCCGAUGUGGUGCCUCGAGCAGCCAAUUUCCAUAACAGCAACAGCAAUGUGCCCAACAACAACAGCAACAGUCUGCAACAUGCGCCUUUGGCUGGGUUGACAGCCGCCAACUUAGAAGAUGCCACAGCGGCAGCAACAACAGCAACAUCUACGGCAGCAAGUGGCAUUGUUGUGGAGAAUUAUUUUAACGAAUAUGAACGUCAGGAAAUCAUUUAUCAUCAUCCCACAAGCAACAGGGGCAGCAACAGUGGCAGCAUCACGGCAGCCACAUGUCACAUACCCCGCAGCAAUGCCUUUCGUUUACAGUUACCCGCAAUGGCAACAUCUAACAAUAUUUUAUAUAAUAAUCAUGAAGCAGCAACAACAACUAGCAACAAUUAUAAGGCGCAUACAUUUAGUGAUAACUGUAAUUGUACAUGUAAUUGUAGUCUAAGCGAGGAGGAGGAGACUGCCACAGUUACAACAGCAACAACAACAACAACAACGCAGGAUGGGGCAGAGGCAGACAGAGAAGUGGAUGCCAGCACCUCGAUGUCAAGCAUUGAGCAAGUGCAACAGCACGAAGCAGCAGCUGGGCAGGAUGUGGCCUUGUCUCUGAACUUGACAUUGGCUGACACCGAACCCAAGCCCGACACAGAGGCUGAGACAGCGGCUGCUGAGGCUGAGGCUGCGGCUGAGGCAGCAUCACUGACAGACAGGGCCAAGCUUUAAGUGCAAUUCUGAUGCUGAUAUUCUUCCCCCUUUACAAUGUUGCUGCUGUUGUCGCAUGCGGCAUCUCGAGAUUUGCAUAAUGGAAACACAAAACCACACACACAGAGUUACAUAUAGGGGUAGAAAUAUAAACUAUAUACACAUACGAUAUUUUUAUAUGCUGUUUAGAGUGCAAUAAAUCAUUUCCGUAGUUCUUUUCUUUCUUUUGCAAUUGAAGUUGUUGAAAGGAGAAGCAAACAAGCAAACACACACCAGAUGUUAAGCAAUCAAAGAACUAAAAACUUAAGUCAAUAUAUGGUACUAAUUAUACUUAAUAGCUAUUAAAAUCUGUUUAACUAAUGUUAGGCUUAGGCUUAGCAAAUAAUUUUUCUUUAUGCUGGGAUAGACACCGCAUAGAAGUCGCUGAGAGAGCACAAAAACGCAAUAUAUAGGCAAUGUAUGUAAAUAAAUAACUAUCAGAUAAACAGCAAAAGGCUCCUACAAGGGGACAACUAUAAGAUACGAUCACUAUUAUAUUGAAUUGAAAAACGAGUAGAACCCAAAAACCGAAACACAAUUCUCUAGUCUAGAACUUUCAGCCCCUCAAACAAUUUCUUAUCACUUAUUUUAUUCUCUAUAUUUCAUUCUAUGUUUUGUCUAUCCCAGCCAUAAACAGAUUCUUCCUUUCACCCAAAACCAUUUUAAGCUGCCUUCAAAUAUUUUAGUUUAAAAAUCACUUUUAAGUUUUUCAACACUGGUUUCUUUGCGUUGUGUACAAAAAAAACUUCAAUUUGAAACAUAUUCUGAGUGCUAAGUUUCUUUAUAAUGUUUAUGAUUUUCAAGUACUUUUAAUAAAAAUAAAUAUUUUACAAUUAACUGCAUUACUUUUUUAUUUAUCCCCCCACCCCCCGAAACAUGUUUGUAAAUACACAAAAACCAAUGCCAACUAAUUUUAAGCGUUGUAAACGAUUUAAUUUCUUAGCAUUAUCGAUGUCGUACGAUAUCGAGGGACGAGCCCGGACAAACAGUUCGGGCCAGUCCGGACGCAGUUGACAGUUAACAAUAUUUAGUGCCCUUGGGCGGGAUCACCACGCGGAGAUCCAAUAGCAACGCCCAAGUCUGGCACUGAAUACUUAGUGAAGUAAGCAAAAAUAUCUAAACAACUAUACUAAAUAUUCUACUGGAUUUUAAGCAUAAGAAAAUUGGUUAUAGACAUGGCUUUGAGCAUUAGAUUUGUAAGCACAAUUUAGGUGGAAAACGGGAGCAAUUAUUUAGACAAAACAACCGAACAAAUAUUCCAAUAAACUUUAGGCAAUAAAUUCAAAGAAAAAACGUAUAAUUAUUAACUAAAUGUAACGAAAAAUGUUUCACUUGUAAAGCAAGCAAAAGUAAAAGUAGAGGAAACAAUAUCCAAAUCCCAGCAACAUAUUCUAAGAGACAAAAGUUAAAUCAAAUUUAGUGUUAAAGAAA